GCACAUUUCAUAUACAUAAUUUUGGCAUUGAAUUAUACCAUUCGUUGAGUUAUGCCCAUCUAUUCUUGCUAAGUUUAGUUGAAUAUUUGCAUGAAAAUCAUAUAAUGAAUCAUUUACUAGUCAUUGUGUUUCUUUUGCAGAAAAGUGCGACAAGGCACUAUAAUCUACAAGUUUCUGUCUAGAAAGAAUUGAGGAACAAGAUCACGGGCAAGAAGAGAAGAAAGAGGUACUCAAGCUUGAAGAAGAUUAAAGCUUAGGGGGACUAGCUUAAGAAGUGGAGGGAUCAUCUUGUGCCAAAAGAAGGAAGAAGGAGGGCCAAAGUGAAAACAUUCAGAUCUGAUCGGAGGGGAUCAAAAUCCCUAGCAGCCUCCAUUCCCAAACCGGGCCUGGCAUCUCCAUCUCUCUCCCUCACCCCUCCUUCUCCACCUCCGGCCGCCGCCAUGGCCAGGCCGGCGUGGUGGUGCGCCUCCGCCACCCAUCCAGCCAUCCAUCACCAGCACCACCGCACCCCAGCGCGCCACUAACGCCUCCAUCCACCACCUGCGCCAUCCAUUCACCACCACGCCUCGCGCGACCUCUCCCUCCAGCCGGCGCGCCUCUCCCUGCUGCUUUCCCAACUUCUUCCCCUGCUGUUCCUCUUCCUCUCUCCUUGCACCCCCUUGCUGUUGAUCUUCUCCACUUACUGCUGCUCUACUUCCUCGCGCCUCCUUUGCUGCUGCUCCUCUCUCCAGCGCCCCAUUCUGCUUCUCCUCUUGCUGCUGCUGCCCCCAACCUCCUGCUGCUAUCUCUCUAUACUUCCCCUGCUACCCUUCUUCUCUGAACCUACCUACUGCUUCUCUCUCUCUCUCUGAAAUAUCUGUGCAAUUGAGAUGUUUGAGACUUUGUAAGGUUCAGACUUUGUAAAAUUCAGAAUUGAGAUGUGUAUGGUGUGUAAUGUUCAGAUUUGACUAGUGCAAGCAUCUUGUUAUUUGUUCAGUUUGGUACUGGUAUAAUAUAGUACUUGUUAUGUUGGAUCUGACUAGUUGAGGCCUUGUUAAUUUGGCAGAUUAUUGAUUUAUUAGAAUUUGCUUCUGUGAAUUAGUAUUCUGCUAGCAUAUGAAUGUGUUCACCCCUUGUGUGUUUGUCCCUUACUGAAAUUUUUAUUCCGUUGUCCAUGUGUUAGCUCCAGUACAUGUGCUAUAUAAAUACAUGUGUGUUUGUGAUGUAAACCAUCUAUAUUGUGUCUUAUAAUCUUGUUUCUUCCAUCUCUUACAUGUUAGAUAGUCAUUUGUGUUCACUUCCCUUUUAUCGAUAAUGUCCGUGUUAGUAUUUCAAUUUCUCAAGCAUUACGAAAAUACCAAAAAGAAAGCAAGUAAAAUCUGAUCUAGCAUUAGACUUGCAUCGUCGCCGUCGCCUAGUCCCUGUGGAGAACACGACAUCCGUAGGUUCGGGCGAAAUAUCCCACUGUACUUUCAAACGAUCAUUUUGGCGCCGUUGCCGGGGACUAGCGUCGAGCGAUUUUGUUAGGCUAUAGACUAGGUUUUUCUUUUUUUCCCUUUGUGCUAUAUAUGUGAUAUAUCUCUGACCCCUAACCCUUGAGUUAUUUUCUCUUUCUUUGCUUGGUCAUUCUACAGGUUAUUGCAUCUUCUCAGAUAUGGCUUACUAUUCAGAUCAUCAUGCUUAUGCGAGCAACACUACAAACAGCACGGAAAGUAUUCAAGAAUCGAUAAGUAAGAUUUCCCAUCGAGUAGAUGAUUUAGCUCGGCAGCGAGAAGUAGUUUUUGAGGAUAGGCCUAGCUCUUAUGAUCCUUAUAGGCCUAGCUCUUAUGAUCCUUAUUCUAGAUGCCAUCCUUAUGUUGCUUCUACAUGCCAUAUUUGUGGAUUUCAGGGCCAUUCACCCGAUGAAUGUCAGCGUGGUUACUCUCACCCUCCCGAUUGUUAUGGCAUGAGCUUCGCCCCACAGCCUAGCUCAUACCAAAACAAUUACUCAUAUGGGUGGCCUGAAAACCAGAAUAUGUCAUAUAGGAACAACAACCCUGAGAUCUCACCGUUUGCUUCUAGUAAUCAUAUGCAGGGAUUUAGGUAUGAAGAGGAGAACAACAACUAUGCACCACAGCAAUUGUAUUCACCUCCUACUCAUAUACCACAACACCAGGAGAUGUUGCCAAUGGAGUUAAAUGGUCCUCCAUUUGGUCAACCAACACCUUCAACACAAGUGCCCAUACAAGAUGAUUUUGAUGAUAUAGACAAGCUCACAUUGCUUAGUCUCGAGUUCACUUGGAGUGCCGAAGAUGAUCCAAUUAGGCCGGUGAUACUAGAGGAAAUGAAGAAGAUCAAGAGUGGAAAAGAGCUAGUGGAAGAAGUAAGGAAGAUUGAGAAGAACAUCAACGCUGGCAGCACUAUUUCACAGCUUGAGUUGAGUGUGGCUGAGAUAUCCAUGGAUACAUGUGAGGUUCCAACACCUUCACAUUUAGUUGAGCAAGACACCGAGAGCCCAGAGGAAGAAAGACCUCAGAUUGAAGAAGAAAUUCUCGAAGCCAAGGAACAAGAUGAACCAGAGCUUGAAUGCCCAAGUGAUCAAGAUGAAGAUCCGCUACCUAUCACUCAUGAAGAAGUAAAAGAAGCUGAUGUAGUUGAAGACGAAGAACCUGAGAUUCAUUUUCCUAUUAUCAUACAAGAGCGUGAUGUGCCAGGUUUACCUAAUCCUCUUGAUGUCAUGCGUCUGUAUAGUUUAUUUGCUACUACCUUGCAUUACAUGAUUCCAUCACUUAAGAUUGAUUUGAAAACUCGUAUGCUUGGAUAUGAUGAUACAUACAUUGUUGGUGGCAUUGCUCUCAUUUAUGACGAUGACACUUAUUCUCCUCAUGCUAGACUUAUGCUUAAUGGUAAAUAUCAUCCUCAUGUUAGCAUUGAUGCUUAUAUAAUUGGAUAUUCGAUUGACGACUUAGAGGGCAUCUACCCUAUCACUUGUAGUCGUUGUUUGUGUGAGUCCUAUUUCAGGUUUUUGCUUGUGCACGAUCCACUACAUGCUGACCAGGUUCGAGGUGACAUUCCUUGGGAUCCUGGUGGAGUCAGAGCAUGGCGAUGAGGAGAAGCAAUGGGGCACACAUAUAGAAGAGUGAAGCUGGAGCAUGCACGAGGAAGCAAAGGAGAAGAGCUGCAGUUGGUGAGAUGAUCGAGCGAGUGCUACACCAUCAAAGCCCGGUGAGCUGUUUCAUGACCCAUUCCGAAUACUAUCAUCAUUUAUUGAUACUUGCUGAAAUCAAAUGUUAUUUGGGUUGCUUAAGCCAUGUCUUAAAUGUUGCCCCACUGAAUUUUAUUUGACAUAUGGUGCUUGAUGAGAAUAUGCGAACAGAUUGUUGAAUGCCAUGUAAACUAGUGAUCUACAUAUUGCUUGCUUUGCUGAAAUUAGUGAAAGCUAUUAGUUUUGAGUGCUCAAAUCCCUAGUACACUAGAAAACUUAAUCAUUUUCUGCUUUUACCUCGAUACACCUAGAUCAUUAAGUGUCAGGUGCUGAGUUUGUGCCUAAUGUGUUCCCAUUCAGAGCAAUCACUUACCACUAUGGAUUAGCAUGCUAUGUUCUCUGGAUCGGUAGCAUGUGAACUAGACAUGGAUGAGUGAUGAUUCUUGUUUUUGUUCAUUUGAAAAAUGAAAAAAAAAUUAUAUCUUUUAAUGAAUAAUAAGUCUGACUACCUACAGUAGCAUGUCAUGUUCCCUGGAUCGGUGGCAUGUGAAAUCGGGUUAGCUUGGGCAGUAAUUAAUAAAUAAAUAUGCAAUUGUCGAACCAGGUGUAUACCAUGUUCUCUGGAUCGGUGGUAUGUUCCUUUGGGGAGACAAACAAAAAAAACUAAUAAUUGGUCGAGCCAGGUGUAUACCAUGUUCACGGGAUCGGUGGUAUGUUCCUUUGGUGAGACUGAUAAAAUAUUAUAAUUACUAACUUCAAAUUUAAUAAGUGGUUCAACCACAAUAUUAUAUUUCUGCAAAUAAGUGAUUUAAUUCAAGUUCCUUUUGUUCUCAGGAUCAUGCUCUCUUUAGGAACCUUUUGGCACAAUCAGCAUUUGAACUUGCUAAUCUUCGUUUAUCAUUGCAAAAGUUUAAAAUGGUCAAGUCUACUAGUAUCCUACUGCUUUGUAGCACUCUAACCAUUAAUUUUCACUAACGAAGUCUGAAGCAUGCACUGUUUAGAGAUCUACUUCACUUGACAUUCUGCAGUCAGUUCACAAUUCACUAUCUAGUUCUUGUCAUAUUCCUUUGCUUGAGGACAAGCAAAGAUUUAAGUGUGGGGAAACUUGAUAAGCACAUUUCAUAUACAUAAUUUUGGCAUUGAAUUAUACCAUUCGUUGAGUUAUGCCCAUCUAUUCUUGCUAAGUUUAGUUGAAUAUUUGCAUGAAAAUCAUAUAAUGAAUCAUUUACUAGUCAUUGUGUUUCUUUUGCAGAAAAGUGCGACAAGGCACUAUAAUCUACAAGUUUCUGUCUAGAAAGAAUUGAGGAACAAGAUCACGGGCAAGAAGAGAAGAAAGAGGGACUCAAGCUUGAAGAAGAUUAAAGCUUAGGGGGGCUAGCUUAAGAAGUGGAGGGAUCAUCUUGUGCCAAAAGAAGGAAGAAGGAGGGCCAAAGUGAAAACAUUCAGAUCUGAUCGGAGGGGAUCAAAAUCCCUAGCAGCCUCCAUUCCCAAACCGGGCCUGGCAUCUCCAUCUCUCUCCCUCACCCCUCCUUCUCCACCUCCGGCCGCCGCCACGGCCAGGCCGGCGUGGUGGUGCGCCUCCGCCACCCAUCCAGCCAUCCAUCACCAGCACCACCGCACCCCAGCGCGCCACUAACGCCUCCAUCCACCACCUGCGCCAUCCAUUCACCACCACACCUCGCGCGACCUCUCCCUCCAGCCGGCGCGCCUCUCCCUGCUGCUUUCCCAAUUUCUUCUUCCCCUGCUGUUCCUCUUCCUCUCUCCUUGCGCCCCCUUGCUGCUGAUCUUCUCCACUUACUGCUGCUCUACUUCCUUGCGCCUCCUUUGCUGCUGCUCCUCUCUCCAGCGCCCCAUUCUGCUUCUCCUCUUGCUGCUGCUGCCCCCAACCUCCUGCUGCUAUCUCUCUAUACUUCCCCUGCUACCCUUCUUCUCUGAACCUACCUACUGCUUCUCUCUCUCUCUCUGAAAUAUCUGUGCAAUUGAGAUGUUUGAGACUUUGUAAGGUUCAGACUUUGUAAAAUUCAGAAUUGAGAUGUGUAUGGUGUGUAAUGUUCAGAUUUGACUAGUGCAAGCAUCUUGUUAUUUGUUCAGUUUGGUACUGGUAUAAUAUAGUACUUGUUAUGUUGGAUCUGACUAGUUGAGGCCUUGUUAAUUUGGCAGAUUAUUGAUUUAUUAGAAUUUGCUUCUGUGAA